AUGGUCGAUGCCGUUGCCUGGUUCACGAGAUACCGAAGCAUUGGUUGUCAGGGUAACGGACUAGCUUCACUUCAACACGCUACGAGCAUCCGAUACUUCAAAAGAGCCCUCGGGGGUUCAACUCAUCCGAAGAUUUGUGCGACGCCAUCCCUUGCAGUCAGGAAAACCACACCUACUAUGGUUCUAACUGAAGAGCAAAAACGGUCUUUCAUCCGCGAUGGGUACCUCGUCCUCCGCAACGUCGCCACGCGCGAGAUGGCGAAGGAUGCUCUGCGUGUCGUCGACAAAGCCCGCGCCAAAGGCGCGUUCACAGAGGAAGAUGCUCUCCCGGAUGUCAAACGCGAAGCUGAGAGGGCACCGGAAAUAUAUCGCAUGAUGACCGACACUAUUCUUCCCGAAGCCUGCGAGGACUUAAUCGGGAAGGGAAAGAUCAAAUAUGGCAAGAACGCCCAGAUUGCUAUCAGACCGACAGAGGAAAAGUUCAAGGAAAAGGGGAUGACUAUGACAGAGAACAUGCCAAAGCACAAGUGGCACAUUGAUGGAGGGAAAGGGAAGUAUAGAAAGACCGCAAGCCCUUUUACGUUGCUGGUUGGUGUUGCGCUUUCUGAGGGACAAGAUAUCGAAGAGAAUCGAGGACAGCUCAAUGUUUGGCCCGGUUCUCACUUUAAGUUACAUCCACUGCUUCGCGAGCGAGUGCAAAAGGAUCUCGUAACAGACAACGGACAGAAUUUGUUUGGAUAUGGGCCCGGUAAGCCGGACAUAGGACAGCCGAAGCGAGUCCUCCUCCGACCUGGCGAUGCAUGCAUUGCUCACCAAAGACUCGGUCAUUCAGGAGGUGUGAAUCUGCAUGCGGAUCCGCGCAUUCAGCUAUACUUUCGAGUCAGUCAUAAGAACCACGACGACUGCCUGGAACAAAUUCUAGAAGGGAGCUCGGUCUUCUUAGAGUUCGAAGGUAUCAAAGAGCUCGUGGGUAAUCUUUGACGGACAUCACGUGGCUGUACAAAUGCAUUUGCUUUACAUUAAGAAUAGUUUUUGCACAAGUCAGGCGAUAACGACAAAUCAACACUGCUUCUGCCGCGCGA